AUGCAGUUCAAACCUUUUGCAUGGGUCACGUGGCCACUGCUAUUGAAUCUCAGUGCGCUCGUGGAAGGGGGUUCCUCACAAAGCCGCAUCAACAGCAGCGUUGAGAGACACACUGGCCAAAGCCACCAGGCCAAGCCUAGCAGCAAUGUAUAUCAGACAGGCUUUGACGGCGUUACAUGGGAUGAGGAUAACUGGCUCCUUACCACGACCAACCUGGAGCAGGGUCGCUUCCAGUCACGUGGUUCUAUGGCCAACGGUUACCUUGGUAUCAACGUUGCCAGCGUUGGCCCUUUCUUUGAAAUGGAUCAGACAGAGGAUGGCGGUGAUGUGAUCAGCGGCUGGCCUCUGUACUCUAGACGCCAGACAUUUGCGACUAUUGCUGGCUUCUUUGAUUCUCAGGCCCAUACCGACUCCGACAACUUCGACUGGCUGGCCCAGUAUGGCAGCGACAGCGUUAUCAGCGGUAUACCCCACUGGGGUGGACUGGUCUUGGAUAUCGGCGACAGUAACUACUUGGAUGCCACUGUCGACAAAAGCACCAUCUCCAAAUUCCAGUCGACUUACGACUUCAAGGCUGGUAUCCUGGAGUGGGCCUACCAGUGGACGCCGCAAAGCAACAAGAGCUCCUUCCAAAUCACUUACCGCCUUUUCACCAACAAGCUGUAUAUCAACCAGGCUGUGGUGGACAUGGAGGUGGUCUCCUCCGCUGAUACCGAGGGAAUGAUCGUCAAUGUCCUUGAAGGUACCGCGGCUGUGCGCACCGACUUUGUUGAGUCCGGCGAGGACAGGGGUGCCAUAUACACGGCUGUGCGGCCCAAUGGAAUUGCCAACGUCACUGCUUACAUCUAUGCCGGUAUGAAGGGAAGCUCGGACGUGGACAUGUCGUCCGCCAAGCUUGCCAUUAACAAGCCGUACGUCAGCACCAACGCCUCGUCUAUCGCCCAGUCUGUGGAUGUGAAGUUCAAAGCAGGCAAGCCGGUGCGCGUCACCAAGUACGUCGGCGGAGCAUCCACCGACGCUUUUGUAGAUCCCAAGUCCGUCGCUCAGCAGGAGGCCGCUGCUGCAAUGAAGAGUGGCUAUGUCAAGUCGCUCCGUUCGCACGUAACGGAGUGGGCCACCGUCAUGCCCGACAACUCGGUAGAGAGCUAUGCAUUCCCUCAAAAUGGCACUCUACCCGCGGACAUGCACAUCAUUGAUUCUGCUGUGAUCGCCGUGACCAACACCUACUACCUGCUACAGAACACUGCAAGCAAGAACGCCAUCAAGGAAGCUAGAAACGCUCCCGUGAAUGUGGACAGUAUCUCUGUGGGUGGCUUGACUUCGGACUCUUACGCUGGACAGAUCUUCUGGGAUGCUGAUGUCUGGAUGCAACCUGGGCUGACUGCAUCUCACCCCGAGGCCGCCCAGCGCAUCACGAACUUCCGAGUGGCAAAGUAUGGGCAAGCACAGGAAAACAUCAAGACUAAAUACACCGGCUCCCAGAACCAAACCGACUUUUCUCCUGCGGCAGCUGUCUACCCCUGGACCAGCGGACGAUUUGGCAACUGCACGGCCACCGGUCCCUGCUGGGAUUACGAGUACCACAUCAACGGUGAUAUUGGUAUGGCCUUGGUCAACCAGUGGGUUACCAGCGGUGACAACGACACCUUCAAGAGAAGCCUUUUCCCCAUCUAUAACUCUGUUGCCACUCUGUAUGCCGACCUGCUGCAGCGUAAUGGGUCGUACUGGACUCUGACCAAUAUGACCGACCCCGACGAGUAUGCGAACAAUGUCGAUGCGGGAGGCUUCACUAUGCCCCUCGUUGCUGAGACUUUGUCGUAUGCCAAUGCCUUCCGUCAGCAGCUUGGGAUAGAGACGAAUUCGACCUGGGACGAGAUGGCCGCCAAUGUCUUGGUUCUCCGUGAGAACGGUGUGACCCUCGAAUUCACUACUAUGAAUGGAAGUGCUGUGGUCAAGCAAGCGGACGUUAUUUUGGACACUUACCCUCUCGACUACGCCACUCAGGACCCGUUGAACGAUCUAGACUACUACGCCAACAAGCAGUCUCCUGAUGGACCGGCUAUGACCUGGGCUAUCUUCUCGAUCGUGGCCAACGAGAUAUCGCCCUCUGGAUGCUCGGCUUACACCUACGGUCAAUAUUCGUACAAACCAUAUGUCCGAGCUCCUUUCUUCCAGAUGUCGGAGCAGUUGAUCGACGAUGCUGCCAUCAACGGAGGCACCCACCCGGCGUUCCCGUUCCUAACUGGUCACGGUGGUGCUAAUCAGGUUGCCCUGUUCGGCUACCUAGGACUGCGUCUGCUCCCCGAAAACUACUUGCACGUUUACCCCAACCUGCCGCCCCAGAUCCCGUACUUGAAAUACCGAACUUUCUACUGGCAUGGAUGGCCCAUUGGUGCCUGGUCCAACUACACCCACACUAUCAUCAGCCGUGCCACCGAUGCCCAGGUUCUUGAUACUGCGGACCAGCGCUUUGCCGACCAGACGAUCACCGUGCGCUCCGGCCCUAAGACAAAUUUUACCGUGUACAGUCUCCCGGCAUCGGGCUCGCUCGUCAUCCCCAACCUCCAGACCGGCUCCCGCAAUACCAUCACCGGCAACCUCAUCCAGUGCCAGCCUGUUCAGUCUGUGAACACCUUCCAACCGGGUCAGUUCCCUAUUUCCGUGGUGGAUGGAGCCUCCUCGACCAAGUGGCAGCCCGCCUGGGCGACAAACAUGAGCGCUGUGACUGUCUCGUUUGGCUCGAAAGCCGGCUCCAUGGUCUCGGGCUUCUACUUCGACUGGGCCCAAGCACCUCCCGUCAACGCGACGAUCAUCUUCCACAACCAGACUCUCGGUGACCCAACCAUGGCCUACUACAGCCAAAGCUCGAACUAUCAGGUUGUGGCGUCACUUGACAACGUCGCUCUCUCUGAUCCUUACAACCCGCAGACCACCAAUCUGGACGUCAUUGCCAUCCCUUCAGGUAACACCACCAACGUGACGCUUGCCGACCCCGUCCCGGCUACUAAGUACGCAUCUCUCCUGAUUGUCGGCAAUCAAGCUCAAGAGCCUGUUGGCGCAACAGUUGCCGAAUGGGCGAUCAUAGGGCAGGGCCAGAACUUGACUCCGUCUGGUCCUCAGAUGGCCAAGCGGAAGUUUGACGUACACGCCGCUGCGGCUCUGUCGGACUCGAGUCCUUUCAUACAGCGCCGUCGACAGAUUCCCUCCUUGAAGUAG